UGCUGCCAGACCACCUGCUGCAGGACCACCUGCUGCCGUCCCUCCUGCUGUGGCCCCACCUCCUGUGGCUCCAGCUGCUGCUGCCCCUCCUGCGCCAUUCCUAGCUGCUGUCGCCCCUCCUGCUGCAUCUCUAGCUGCUGCCGCCCCUCCUGCUGUGGCUCCAGCUGCUGCCGCCCCUCCUGCUGCUGCCCCUCCUGCUGCCUGCGCCCAGUCUGUGGCCGGGUCUCCUGCCACACCACUUGCUAUUACCCCACCUGUGUCAUCUCCACCUGCCCCCGUCCCAUGUGCUGUGCUUCUUCCUGCUGCUGA